UUAUACUUCCGUUAUGUGUUCUUGUAUUGGUUUGCUCUGUCUUGACUAGAUUAGUGUUCUUCGGCUUAACAUGGGGGACAUACUGGAUUUUUUCAUUUAAACAAAGGCUCCAGGUUAGCUUUUGUGUUUAAUACGGAUAUCUCUGACCCGUUCUGUUAAUUUGACAUCUAGCUCCCGACUUUAUGAAGUUUGACAGCGGUCAGGGCUACACCACCAAAACUAUUAUCUUGACUGAUUUUUAGUAUCAUUACAUACAAUCUGCUUGCAGUUAUUUUGGUUCUUGACAAGACAUGGACAAGCGAUGUUACGGAUGUGCUUCAAAAUUUACGCUAUUCAGGAAAGAGAUGGGCUGUAAGAACUGCGGGCGCUCCUUCUGCUCGGGGUGCCUGGCUUUUACCGCCGUGGUGCAGCGUUUUGGAAGCACUCCGCAGAAGGUCUGCAAGCAAUGUCACGGGAACCUCACAAGUGGUGGCACUCAGAACGAUGCUGCUAGGUGGUCCCCUCCUGAAAAUUACAAAAAGCGAGUGGCCGUUUUGGAGGCCAGGCAAGGACAUGGAAAAGCAUCCUCCACACAAGUGGGAAAACCUAUCAGCUCUACUAGGCCAAGCAAAUGCCUAAGUAAAGAAGACCAGGUGAUUGCAGAGAGACUGCAGAAACUGAAGGAGGACACAAAGCCAAAAACUGUUCCAUCAGAAAAGGAGAUUGAGACUCGUCUAGCUGCACUAAAGGCCCCAGCCCAGCCAGUUCCUUCGGCUAGCGAGAUGGAGGACCGGUUGGCUGCCCUGCAGGGGAGAACCCCGCCCUCCAUGGCUCCUCCUCCUGUGCAUCAGCCCCCCGAUGCCCGCACUCAGGUGGAGCAAGCCAGUGACCUGAUUACACAGAUGACAGAGGAGGUCAACAUUGACAGCCAGCAACAGCCGGACUCAGAAGGCACGGAUGGCCCCUUGAAUAACCUGAAUAAGCCAGUGGGCGGUGGGCUUGAGGAGAACCUGGACGACCCGCAGAGGGCAGCCAAGCAGCUGGAAGAGGAGAAGAGUCGACUCCUGGCUGAAGCCAUGGAGGAGCUGCGUCAAGACCGGCUCAACCAGGAGGAAGUGCUGAAGAUGGCCCGUAAACUGGCUCUGCUGAAGGGGCUGGACCCAGACAGUGUCCCCAGGGAUGAUUUCCAGCCCCCUGACAGCGAAGAGGAGACAGAAGAAGAGGCAGCAAACAGAAUAAUAAGGCAGCUGUCUGAAGAAGCAGCUUUAGACAAGUCCUGUGGCUACAACAUCCCACCUGAGCCCAGCAGUUGGCAGACCAUAGAGAAGCCCGGGCUCCAUAAAGAGCAGAAGUCACGUGCCCAGCCGGCCAGCAAGACCCAAGGAGCCCACGCCCGGGACUCUAACAGCGAGGACGAGCUGCCCUGGUGUUGUAUCUGCAACCAAGAUGCUACUGUUCGUUGCCUCUCCUGUGAUGGGGACCUCUACUGCCAGCGCUGUUUCAGGGAAGGCCAUGAUGAAUUUGACCGAAAAGAGCACCAGGUGACAAGCUACAAGGUGCCACAGAAGUCGAGGAGGCGGACGUGAGAGAGAGCAGGAGUAAGACCUACUCCCAGUACGAUGUUAAUGAGAGAGCAAUAGGAAGUCAGUCUCAGUCUUCCCUGAGUGUUGACCCAUAACCUCUGAUGGUUGUGUCAAAACCACAUAGGCCUGAAUGAGUCCUAGUGUGCUGUUAGCCUAGUGUUAUGUAUGCUUUAGGUAAGUGACCAAUGGCACUUUCUGUUAUACUAAGGGAUACUGUAUGGCAGAGCACUUUUAAGGUACGCACUGAUUGUGCAUUACUCUGGGAGUGUAGCUACAGGCUAACUGGGUCUGUUAGCUUUAGGUACGAGUAGGAUUAGCCACUCUCCAUGUGUAAUGUUACACUAAAUGGGGGGAGGAGCCUUCUCAAUUGUAAUGUUUUCACUAAUCUGCCUUUAAAUUAAAUUAACUGGGAUGGA